AAUUCUGCAAGUGGUUCUGAUUUACUAUCGCUGUUCUCUAGCUGGUCUAAAACCGCUUUUGACCUAAAGGGACGCUUUUUGGACGCCACGGACAUUUCUCAGUUUCCAGGCAGAAAGAACAGUAAAAAUGCAGGCAGGGCACAGGACAAAGCACUAGGGACAAAAUGUAUGUGAAAUGGUUUGAUACAUGAAUUUAGUGAAUGUCACUUUUUGUCAUUUUCAAAUUUCCCGCCGUUCCGUCCCCAUACGUUCCAACGCUCGCAGGGGACGGAAACCAGAUGACAGAUGCCGGCAUUCGCCGGAGGACAUUCCAGGGGACACUGCAGGAGGGACAU